AUGGUGGCGUUUACUAUCGGCUUUCGAUCUACUCUCGACACCGUCGGGCUCGCCUUCUUCGUCCUAUGUGGCCUAACGCGUCUUGCUCGCUUCAACGUUACUGUUUCAGUGCUUCCCAAGGACGCUACGGGCAAGAGCAAGUUCUUCGAGGGUACACCGAUCCCGACGUCUCUUUUUCUCGAUGGCCUCAUGGCAUAUUGGGUAUAUUGUGGCCAGGUCCUCGACGACGUGCCUUUUGGGGCAUGGUUAAAAGACUCGGCGCUAGAGUUCCAUCCCGCAGUACUUCUGUUCAUGUUGCAUGGAUGUCUGAUGACGAGCAAGACCAUCCGCAUACCCAAGCCGUAG